AAUGUGUGCGUGUGUUUGGUUAAAAUGGCAGUCUGACAGAAAUUUGUUAGUUUCUUUCAAAUUCUCUUGUUUAAAUGUCAAUUACCUUUUUCUGUUGUGCGUUGUUACUAGCAGUUUAUAAAUAUUCGCGGAUUAUGUCAAAUUAAUGGCACCACAUACCUAUGGGAUGGGCAACCCACCCAUCACCUAUGCACUUUGAUUCUUUGAAAAUUGUUCCUGAACAUUUAGUGGAAAGAAUCAAGCUGGAAGAUACAAUAUUUCGCGAUUCGUCGCAGAAUGCUCCAGGCAGUCCAAUGUAUUCAGCAGCAGCACUUAACGCUGUGUCCUUCAACUCCUGGGGCAUUACAAAUCAGUGCAGUGUGAAUGGAAUUGCUACAGCUACUACCAAUGGUGUAUCCACCAAAGUACAAACGACUAAUGAAUCGAAUGAACUUGCGGAUAAUGCAUUAAAUAGACAUGGUAAUAGAGCACCUAGUACCUCUAACAGAAAUAUGAAUAAUAGUUUUAUGUCCACAACUAUGUUUUUAAUGAAUGAGUGCCUCCAACAAAACAGCACACACCAGUCACAUUUAAAUGCAAAGAAACACGAUAUAUUUAAUAUAGCGUGUGAAAAAGGGUGUAAUUGUGACAGCACAAAUUCUUUAUUUCGUGCAGGUAAUAGCCUGAUGUUUGGUGCUGACAAGCAUGUUGGGGCCAAGCACUUCAUGACACCAUGUGGUCCUCUUCAGCUAACAGCCCAAGAGUGUGGUGAAUUCCUUCUGAAGAAAGCAUCAGUUACUUCCAACUUACUAGGACCAGAUACUGCUAACAUAGGACAACAACCAGUCAGUGCAGGUAACACCAAUGCCACCGGUGUUACACAUAUAAAAGGCAGACCAUUGGAGGGAGAAGCAACUGAUGACACACAGUCAUCAAACAAUAGCAACGGCAAAUUAACCAUAACUACUGGCCAUAACUUAAGUGGUGGCCAUAGAUAUAGGUUGGAUAAAGAACGACCGUUCUCAUGUCCAGAAUGUGGUAAAUCAUUUCUUCUCAAGCAUCACCUUGUCACACAUGCUAGGGUUCACACUGGUGAACGCCCACAUGUAUGCCCUGAAUGUGGAAAAAGUUUUGCCCAUAAACACUGUCUCAGCACACAUCUACUACUACACAGCAGUGAACGUCCAUAUAAAUGUUUGGAAUGUAAAAAGUCAUUUACAUUAAAGCACCAUCUAGUUACACAUGCUCGUGUGCACAGCAGGGACCGGCCAUUCAUAUGCCAGGAAUGUGGAAGAACAUUUCCACAGAAAAGACAUCUUGUAACACACUCAAAGUUUCAUUCUGGAGAACGGCCGUUUGUUUGUGAUGAAUGUGGUGAAUCAUUUUCUCAGAAGGAUCAUCUUGUGAUUCAUUCCCGGUUCCAUGGUGGUUUGCAUCCUUAUGUGUGUCCAGACUGUGGCAGUACAUUCACACGCAAGUUUGAAUUGGUGAAUCAUGGACGGCUUCAUGGGAGAGUUCCUCACUCUUGUGAAGUCUGUGGGAAGGAAUUCUUGCAGAAAAGAACACUUCUAGCACACACAAGGUUGCAUACUGGAGAUGACAGACCCUUUGUUUGCCAGCAUUGUGGGGAGGCAUUUUCACGUAAACCAGAGCUUGUUGAGCAUUCCAAAAUUCACACGGGAGACAAACCAUUUGUGUGUAGAGAAUGUGGGAACUGCUUCUCGAGCCGGGAGGGCCUCGCACUCCACUACCGGCUGCACGCAGGAGACCGUAAUGUGGUGGCAGAUCUCUGCGGCUUGGCAUCAGCUCUGCAGCAGCAGCCAGCUCAUUUCUUAUGUCCACAACCUCUCCCCCCUCCACCACCUCCACAUCCUCCUGUCAGCAAAGCUUCACCUGUUCCUCACACACAUACACCACCAGCUGUGGCUGGUCAUGGCUAUCCAAAGCCUAAACCACACGUUUGCCCUGACUGUGGUAAGUGCUUCACUCAAAAGCAUGGCCUAGCACAACAUAAUCGUCGCCAUAGUGGUGGAUCCUGUGACAUUAAGCGGCAUAUAUGUGAGAAAUGUGGCAAAGCAUUCUAUCAAAAAAAUCAUCUAGCUCUACACUCCCGUCAGCAUAUGGAUCCACAGCAACAGCAACAACAGCAGCAGCAAAGGCAACAACAACAGCAGCAGCAGCAACAUCAGCAGCAGCAGCAACAACAACAACAACAUCAGCAGCAACAGCAUCAACAACAGCAACAGCAGCAUCAACACCAGCAGCAGCAACACCAGCAGCAGCAACAUCAGCAGCAGCAAACCCAAUCCCAGCCUUCCACAUCAGCAGCAGCAGCGGCAGCUGCUGCAGCGGCCGCUGCAGCAGCAGCUGCUGCAGUUGCAAACAAAUCAUAUGAAGUUCUUGUGCCUGCACAGCCUGAUGCCCAAGGACCUCCUCGGGAGGUAAAACCUUUUGAGAGCCUCAUGCCAGCUCCUGGAGAAUAACACUGCUGGAAGUAAGGCUGAUUUUUUUUAGAUUUUGUAGAUGUAGGGUUUCAUACCUACUACAGUUAGUGUUGAGCAGUUCGUACAUGUUAGUCACUUGCCGGUCCACUGCCAUUUUGUCUGUAAUAGACAGCUUAUUAGCUGUUUUUAUCGCUCUUCUUUUAUAAGGCAGCAAUUUCGUGAAUCGUGCAUGUAAAAUAUAAUCUUUGCUUGAUAGCAGGCAGCCAUUUUACAGAGUUUGUGUCCCAGUUGUUUAAUUCAUGUCUGUGAUGUGUGUGAUUGUUUUGUGGAGAGUAAAUUAAUUUUAUUGAUGAAAUGUGAAUAUUGGAAAUAUUUUUAGAUCAAUUGGGUCAGAAACUUAAAGUUUUUGGUAGUAUACAUCAUGUGACAUUCCCAUUCACAAGUGCUAGAAGACAGAUCAUACAUUCAUUGAUGGUCGACAUCAGUUAAAAGAAGUAUAUUAGUAUUACACUCAGUUUGAUAAACUUUUUUCUAGUGCAGCUGCCAAAUUAAUUUUAAAAGUUUUCUUUUUCUGAAUUGUUUGUCAAAACAUUUGUUUGAAUUGCAAAAAGCAUUGUGAUUGUAUUACAUUGCAAUUUUUUCCAUCAGAAAACCUUCUGCUGAUUGUAACACUUGAUUGUCAUGAAAGCAAAAGAACUGAAUGAUAUCUUUAGCUGAUAGUUGGCCUGCAAUAACAAUUGCCAACAUUAUAUUUCAUACAAACAAAUUUUCUCAGUGUCACAGUUCUAAACUGAUCAGCAGUUUUCUAGUACUUAAAAUUGUCAGUUUUAAAUAAAAAUUAACUUAUUGCAAAUUAUUGUUGGAACAUCUCUUAGCUAAUUAUAUAAUGUGUAUUUACUAACAGGUUUAUUAUGUGUAUAAUACUUUUGCUGGUAUUUUCUGUGACAUCACUUGCAGUGGACAUCCAGCAUCUGAAACCAACCAGAUUUAGGUUUACUUGAAUUCCAUAAAUUACUUCAAGCAAAUUUUACAUUGGUUCUUUUGAGAACUUCCUAUUUGCCUUCAGUAGAGCUAGAGCGUCAUUUCCAACAACACUAACAGUGAUGGAUAGUAAACUGUUAACUGUCCUUUCCACUUUAAGCUAUUGUUGAAUUAUCAGUGUCAUGUUCCUUCCCAAGUAUGUCAGUCUGUUACAGAAGAGCAGCAUAUUCCAGUAACUGUUUGGCAGUAUUCAAAAUAGAAUGUUGUAGGUAACCAAAUUUGAGAAUGACAAGAGAAGUGAAGCAAACUACUUGUGGUAUGGUGAAGAUUGUAUUGUAACUGAUACUAAAGCUUCUAGAAUGAAUCUUCCACUAUGUAGUGUAAUUUGAACUUCUUUUUCUGAGUGACUUUCCCCCUCCUUUUCUUCCCUCCCAUCAGUCAUCUGACUGAUUUGACAUGACCUACCAUGAAUUCCUUUCUUGUGCCAAGCUCUUCGUCUCAGAGUAGUGCUUACACCCAACACUGUCAAUUAUUUGUUGGAUGUAUUUCAGUCUCAGUCUUAACUUAUAGUUUUUACAGCUCACUGUAGUACCGCCACACACCGUCAGGUGGUUUGAAGAGUAUGGAUGUAGAUGUAGAUACCAUGAAAGUUAUUUCCUGAUCUCUGAACCUUUUAAUAAAUGUCCUGUCAUCCUGUCUUUUCUUUUGUCAAUGUUUUCCAAGUAUUUCUAUCAUCACUGAUUCUAUGAAGAACCUCCUUGUUUCUUGUCAGUCCACCUAGUGUUCAUUAUAUGUCUGUAGUACAACAUCUCAAAUGUUUCAUCCUUUUUUCCUCAACUUUUCUCACAGUUCAUGAUUCAUUUCCAUACAAUGCUGUACUCUAGACAUGCAUUGUCAAAAAUGUCUUUCUCUAAUUAAGACCAGUGUUUCAUACUGGUUGACUUGUUUUGGCCAGGAAUGCUCUCUUUUCCUAGCCUGUUUUUUAUGUCCUCUUUGCUUUGUCCAUUAUGGGUCAUUUUGCUUCCAAGGUAGCAGAAUUCUUUCACUUCAUCUGUCCCUUCUGCUGAUGUCAUUGGUGAAUCUUAUCUUUGAUAUUUUUUCACCCUGAGUUUUAUCCCAACUCUUAAACUUAACAUUUAUUUUUGUCAUUGCUUCAUUGAUGUACAGAUUGAACAGUAGGGGAGAGAAGGCUGCAUUCUUGUCUUACACCUUUCUAAAUCCAAGCACUUAGUUCUUGGUCUUCCGUUCUUCUUGUCCUAUCAUGGUUCUUAAUACACAUUGUAUAUUUCCCUUCUUUCCCUGUAGCCUACACCUAUUUUCCUGGAAGUUUUGAACAUCUUGCACCAUUAUACAUUGUCAAACCCUUCUUUUAGGUCAACAGAUCCUAUGAAAGUAUCCUGAUUUUUCUUAAGUCUUGCUUCCAUUAUCAGAGGCAAUGUCCAAAGUGCUUCUCUGGUGCCUUUAUCUUUCCUAAAGCCAAACAGAUCAUAUGUUAUUAGUGUUAGCAACUUUGAUGCAUGAACUGUUGACCAGAUUGUAGGAUAGUUUUCAUAUCUAUACACCCUUGCUGUCUUUAAAAUUAUGUGGGUGGCAUUUUUCCAAAAGUUGGAUGGCACAUCUCUAGCCUCACAUAUUCUACACACCAACUUGAAUAUUUAUUUGGUUGCCACUUCCCCCAAUGAUUUCAAAGUUCUGGAUGAAUUUAACAGCAGAAUUCUCGUUGUACAACUAAUGUUGAUUCCUUUACUUUUAAUUUCACUUGAGGUUGCUUUGGCUUUUCUGUAUGCUGUAUACAUUGCUAUAUUCCUGUCAUUUCUUGAACGUUCUUGUUCUUCUUUGUUUCAUCAAUCUGCUGAAGUAUUUCUUUUGUUACCCUAGUUUUUCUUUGCAGUUACCUUCUUUGCGCAUAUAUUUGUCUGUCAAACUUCUGUCAUUGCCCUUUUUUUAGAGCUGUCCAUUCCUCUUCAACUGAAAUGCCAUCUUAAGCUUCAGUCUUCUCAUUGAUUGUGAUCUGAGUCUAUACCUACUCCUGUGCAUGCUUCACAAUCCAAUAUCUGAUUUCAGAAUCUUGGUCGGACUAUGACGUUAUCCGGAUGGAAUCUUUCUGUGCCUCCAGGCAUUUUCCUCUUGUGAGUUUUGAACAGAGUAUUUGCUAUUACCAGUUGAAGAUAAUUGCAGAGCUCUAUUAAUCAUUCUCCUUUCUUAUUCCUGCUACCAAGCCAGUAUUCUGCCGUAAUCUUGCCUUCUACUCCUUCCCCUACUACUGCAUUCCAGACACUCAUGAUUAUUAGAUUUCAUCUAAUGGUUAUGAGAUUCCAUCUCCCUUUAUGUACUGAACUACAUUUUCAGUAUCCUCUUAUACUUUCUCUUUGUCAUCUGCUUGAGGCGUCAAUGAGUAUACCUGAACAGUCAUUCUUGGCAUUGAUUUGCAGUCAGUUCUGAUCAGAAUAAUCCUAUCACUUAAUUGUUUGAAGUAACUCACUCGCUGUUCUACCUUCCUAUUCAUAAUGAAUCCUACUCCAACUGUACCAUUUUCUGCUGCUGUAGAAAUUACCCUAUCUUCGUCUGACCAGAAAUCCUCAUCUUCUUUUCAUUUCACUUCACAAAUACCCACUAUAUUUAGAUUGAGCCUUUGCAUUUUGCUUUUCAGAUUUUCUAGGUUCCCUGUCACAUUCAAGCUUCUGACAUUCACAAAAUUUUGCCCUCUCAUUCAUUAUUCAGUCUUUUUCUCAUGACUGCCCUUAGCAGUCCCCUUGUGGAUAUCAGAAUGAUGAAUUUACAUGGAGUCUUUUGUCAAUGGAGAGAGCAUUAUGACACUUUUUCAAUUACAGGCAUGUGUCCUUAUGGAUAUGCAUUGUGUGUUUUUAAUGCAGUGACUUUCUGUACCAUCUGCAUCCUCAUGAUGUUGAUCAUUACUGAUGCUUCCAUGUUUUAUGGGCAGUUUCUCAGGUGAGGGCAGGAGGGUUCCCUGAGUGUUUUACUACUCCUCUGUCCUCUUUGAAAAGACUGUUGGCAGAACAAUGGUAACUACUUUUGCCAAAAGUCUUUGGUCGCCAUUGCUGACAUUUUACAAGAGAAGUGAAGUUGCUACUCACCAUAUAGCUGAGAUGCUGAGUCGCGACAGGCACAAUAAAAAGAUUCACACAAUCAUAGCUUUCGGCCAUUAAGGCCUUUGUCAGCAGCAAGCGCAACUUGCACACAUGUCUGCAGUCUCAGAGAGCUGAAACUACACUGCAGCAUCUCCGCUAUAUGGUGAGUAGCAACUUUCCUUCUCUCGUAUUGUUACAUUCCAUCCUGGAUUUUCCAUUGUUUGAUUGCUGAUAUUUUUGUAUUCCAAGUUUAAGCAGUGGCUGGGAUUGAACUCAAGUCCCAGGAUGUUUCGGUUACGAGCCAGGGAUGCUAUCCCUACACUGUUGUGUCUAACCAACCAACUAUUCACACAUAACUCUGAGCCCACUCUCACAAUUUCAGUUAUUCUACUAUCUUUCUCUUACUUUCUGCAUUCCACAGAAAUUCUUCUACAUACUCUGCUGGAAUAGUUAAAGCUGUAAUAAAUUACUGCUAAUUCAAAAGUUUCUAUAUUAGAAAAAAUUAUGAUCCAAGAUCUAAUAUUUUGGUUUGUUUUCUGUUUAUAAUUUGCAUUAUUACUACAGAUAAUCACUUACAUGAAGACCAUGAUUGAAAUGCAGUUAUGGCAGUAAAGGAGUCAUUUACCGAAGAUUGAUUCGAACACCAUAGAUACACUAGGCAUGUUCCUGGUACAGUUCCUGUGCACUGUCUUACACAGAAAUUAGUGUAUGAGAAAGAUGCAACUGAGUGUGAAAUAAAAAGUACAGUGAUCUGAUAAUAUGUCUUAAUACUGUCACCAUACUUCUAGCUAAAGUGUUAGGUGCUUUUAGCAAGGAUAUAUUUAAUGCUGCUUUUACACUCCAUAAGCUUCUAUUCAGCAGUGACAAAAGACACUCACUGUAUGUGUCAUUUAGUUCCAUUAACACAUAGAGGGAGGUGAAAUGUUCGGAUAUAAAUCUCCACACAGACUUUACUCCUGAUCUUCAUUGCAUCACUCCUUCUGUGGCAACACUCACAAAGAAAAAUGAAUGGAUGACCCAUGUGAGAUGUAGUCAGCUUCAUGUCUUAUUAUCCUUCCAUUGCUCUGUAGAAUAUUGUUCAAACACUGUUCUUGAAAUUUUGUUAAUCAUUUAAAAUAGAGAGUACCUCUUUUAUAUCAUUGUAUUGAUGGAACUGAUGACCCAAAUCCAAACAUAUCUAUUCUAAAACUCUAAGGAACUGGCUUAAGUUUGAUUUGUAUCUUCAAAAAACGCCACAGUUUCUCUGUUGUAGAUUGGUUUAUCUGUUAUAUUCUUUCCAAUCAACUGUUUACGUUCGUUCACUUCCAUGUACUGUCAUAUACUUUCAGAAUUUUUGAUUAAGUUAAUCUUACUCCAGGGAUGAGUCACUGAUGCAGUAAUCAAGCUAAAUUACUGUGUUAUUUCCUGGUAACAUACAUUAUCUGACUUUCCUUUCUCUGUUAUGCUUGAAUUGGUACACCCUUUGUUACACCCAGUACAAUCAUGAAACAGCUUUCAUACCUGAACAGUCAGGCACUGGUAUUUGUUGACAUCAGAAUUUCUUAUGUUUUGCGUUUGUUAAGUCCAUACCAGCAGUUUGUUGUUUGUGAGUAAUCUUUCUGAACGAACACCACACACAGCCUUAAAUUCUGAAGUAAAUGAAAGUCUUGUAGUGAGUAAAAUAUUCAGAUGUGUCAUACUAAGCCCUGCAGUACAUACUGCCAAGUGUUGUUAGCUAUUGUUACUGCCAUGUAGAGGGUGUCCAAAAUGUAACUAGCCUAAUGGGAAAAUAUCUGAAUUGCAACCAUUGUUGAAAGUAGCUUCUAUUAUAUAAUUCACAUAAGUGAAUAUGAUAUUGCAUGUUCUUAAGCACAUGCUGUAUUGUUUGUUGAGAAACUGCAGCAACACAUUCAAGUUGUUUCUAAAAUUUGAGAAUGGUGUUAAAAUGAGUCUUGUAAGAAGCAUUCCUUAAGGUAUUCCCAAAAGAAAAAGUUAUUGGAGAUAAACCAAUCCUUUUGAUAUCACUUGUCCAUGAAAAUACUGAUCCUUUGUUGUCAGCUGUCUGAGCAGUAGCUUGUCCUGUUGUUAUCACUUAUGACAUACCUGGUCUUCAGCUGCAGUGUUUGCAAAUUAUUGUGCUCUAUAUAUGUAGUGCAGAUUGUUCACUGCGCAAUGAGAGAACAUGAUGGUGGUGGUGAUGAUGAUGGUGGUGAUGAUGAUUCACCUAGUUUACACUACAUAUCAAACUCCCACGUGUAGAGAUGACCAACUCUGUGUAGCAGGAGGGGCACUGGGGCUUGAUAGCUGGCAUUAUUGUUGUCGGCUUCUAAGUGCAAAGUGCUAAAGGCUGCUGUCAUGAGUAGCUUGAAGCAACAGUCACCUACAGCUGUACAUAUGUAAACAAAAGUUUGUUAUGUAAUUGGUUGUGGCAUACAUGCAAAGUCUACUUUAAGUGUCAAGGCUGUUCUCUUCACUGUAUGGACUGUAGUGUUAAUGUAGAUAUUCAGUAGCCCAAAUGAAUGAUUUUUUUUUUCUUUCAAACAAUGGGAACUCCAGGUAGCAAUAUCAACAAUGUAGGAAAGAUGGAUUCUUACUUACCAUAAAGAAGACAUGUCAAAUUGCAGACAGGCAUGAUUAAUAGACACAUUUAGCUGGCUGAGAUGCUGGAAUUGGCUGUCGUGUGUGCAUCAGGUGUGCUUUCUCGUGUGUGUGCGUGUGAAAGUUGUGUGUGUCUCCCUCUCUUUACCAAUGGAGGCUGUGGCCAACAGCUGUAUGUGAGUGUCUUUUAAUCAUGCCUGUCUGCAACUUGAAAUUUUAUGCUUUCAUAUAUCUUUUAAAGGGGAAUUGUGCCUAGUCAGACCAAAACACACCGUUGAGUUCUUUCCCACGUGGCAUUACAGAUGACAUGAACCAUGACUCGAAAACUACAUAUUUUCCAAUAUCUUCAUGUAACCACUCAUGUACAGCAUGAUUUUUGUACAAGUGUCAAUACAGUUUUAAAUUACUAAACAAAUGUAUCUUUAAACACUUGCACAGUGCAUUGUGGAGAGAGCAAACUGGCUAGAUAGGCAUCACACAAACUUCUCAGCAUUCAUAGAAUAUGCAGAUGGUAUGUUGAUCAAAUUUUGUUGUGUUAGCACUAACAGUUUACUUAUUUUGGCAGCAUCUGCUACUUUUUCUAUCUACUAGAACUUCUCAUAUAGCUGUUUAAUGGUAGCCUUGUUAGUGACUCCUCAUCAAACUAUUUUGUGAAGGCAUUCUGUAUUUUUGCACAUCUAAUGUACUGGGUACUAAUGAAUACUUCCUUCUGUAACAAAUGAACCAUUUCAUCCUCAGUUAAGCGAGAGCCAGAUUUGCAACAAAAAGGAAAAAAAAUUCUUUUUGAAAACCCUGUACAACAAUUUUUCAGGCAAGUAAUACACAGAUGAAACCCAUUCAUUUCAUAUCAAAAUAUAAGCAUUUGUGUAAAUGACUCACAGUUAAUGGCUUAUGAAAAUUUCUACUUGUCUUUACAAUACUAUACCGGCAUGUAAUUAUAUAACUCCGGAACUGUUGCAUGUGAUGUGCAGAUAUUACUAUUAAUAAGCUGGAAUGUUCUCAUGUUUCCAAUUAUUUGAAAGGUAUCACAGGAAUAUAAACCUUAUCUGUAAUAUUAUUCUUUUGUUGUAGAUGCACAGCAUUUUAGCUGUUCUGAUUUGAAUACUUUAGGAAUGUAUUCAUGAUUACUUUUAUAUGAAAUUUUUGAGUAAAUGUAUGCUGCAGCUACCCCAAAUGAGUUGGUUAGGUUUUGCAAAGAUGAGAUCAGUAAAUUAUUGUUAAACAUUUUCUUUUGGGUUCAUGUAGCUAUUACAUGUAAAUGCACUGACUUUACAGUGUGAUUAAUAAAGAAAAAUUGAAAAAGUUGUAUUUUCCAGGCUGUCAUGGAAGUGACAUAAAAUAAUCUAUAAGAUAUCUCAAGCAUUCAAGCCUCACUUUCAGCUUGAAUCUGAAAGCCAAAGGUGAAGCUUGAAUGCUUUUCUCAGAUGUCUUAACUCUUGAUAUAGGAAUUGCUGUAAAGCUUUAACUUUCUUAUUUUUUUUUUUUUGUUAUCAGUGACAGCUACUGUUCCCUGUUUUUCUGAUACACCUUUUUCAUUUUUCUGUUUGGCACUUACAUUUUAUUUGACUUUUUGUACUCUAUUCAUCACUUUAAGAUUGUGUCCAUUAAAGAUGCCAGAGAACCAGUAGAUUAAAAAAUGCAGAUAUUGUCUUUUUUAAUUUUUUUUAUGAAUGUGGAUGUUUUCCAUAUUAGAAGCAAAUCGGAAGGUUAGAAACUUAACUUUGUUGUAUGUAUGUAUGUAUGUAUGUAUGUGAAGUUACGAAUUAUGUGAGUAAAUUGUGUAAAUGCAUUGGCACGACUGAGUGGUAUGUGUUAGUAAAAUUACAAAAUAAUGCGACAGGAUUGAAUUAUCUCAUUGUUUAUGCAGUACUCUUGGUUGACCUUUACUGUUUACUAUGGAUCCAUAUAGCCACAAAAUGAGCUGUAUUUUUGCACAUAAUAUGUUGUCAUUUAUUAGAUAACUGUGUUGAGCUACAGCAGGAAACCUGCCUAAUGUGGAACUUCUAGGACUGAAGUAUGGGUUUUGGAAUGAACAGAGAGAUAUUGAAGGGAGGAUCCAAGUGCUAGUCAGUUUAGAAUUUCAUGCUGACAGUAAUAGUCAUGGCUUUCUUCAGCAUUCACCUGUUUAUCACAUAGCUCUUAAAAUUAGAAGCAUUAUCUCAUGAAUGGCCACUAAUAAUGUUAGAAGAGAGAGUGUUCGAUCAGUGGACUUUCCUAAAUCAAAGUAACAUGAAUGAGAUGGCAGAAAGUUUAUUGAGGCAAUAAUCAUAGCCUAUUGGCAUAACUUAAUAAUCAAAAUUGAAUGUAUUUUUCAUGUUUUCCCUCUUGUUUAAUUGAAUCUCUCUCCAUUUAUUAAAUGCAACUUCAUCAGUAUUGUAGUCAAAUUAUAUUUUUUAGUUUUGUGGAAAAUCACAAAAUUCAGUUGUAUAAUAUUUUGUGUUGUGUUAUGAUUGGAAAACUUAUUAAUGUGCUUCAAAUUCAGUUAAGUGACAAGUUUUUAGACACCAAUUAAUAAUAUUCAUGAUAAUGUUUGUUUUGUUAUACAAACACCAUGAAGAGAGCAAAAUUGUUCAAUUAUUAUGUAAAUAGUAUAAGUACAUAGUAUUAAAUCAAGACAUAAAUCAUGAGAAAUGUUCACACAUAUUACAGCAUCUAUUUUCUCAAGUAUCUGUUUUCAUUAUAUGAAUGAUUUAGGAGUAAAGACACCACUCACCAAAUAGCAGGAUGUAGAGUCAUCAACAGGCACACACAAAAGAGAAAGAAAACUUGUUAGCAUUUGGAAUCAAAACUACACACACAUAUGCUGUGAUUGCCGGUUAGCAAUGUUUGUGUGUGUUUUAUGUAUGUACUUGUACUGCAGCUUGUCACAAAGGAUUGAUUUUGAUGCUAGCAAGUUUUCUUUCUCUUUUGUGUGUGCAUGUUGAUGACUCAAAAGCUUCUGCUGUUCUGUGAGCUGUCUUCUUUACUCCUGAAUUAUUUACAUUCUACCAGAACAUUCAUACAUAUUUUCAUAAUUUCUUUUAUUUUUCUAAGGUACUUUUGUUUUCCUUUCAUGUUUGUGCGUAAUGUAGUUUAGGGGGUUGAUGGGGAGGAGAGUAAGUUUAUAUCUACUUUGAAAAGGAAGUUAAGCUUACUAUACGCAAUAUUUUGACCACAUUAUUCAUUAACUGAAUUUCUGAUAUUGUGAGUUGAGUGCACUGCUAUUUUCCACUUCAUAUUUUACAUACUAAUUCUUCACCAUAUGUCAAAUCUAAAAGGACUUCAGAAUGUAUAUGAGAGUUAAACAAAAAAUUAAUUUGAUGCCUUUUCAUGAAGACACCCCUGAACAUAAGAAAUGGUUUUGAAUCUGCUGUUCUUUGAAUUGAGAAACUUGGUGAAGGAAUGCUUGAUCUAUCUGAAACCAUGCAGCUCUCAUUUCAUGUUUUAAUUUCUGUGUGAUUUUGUUCAUCAGUUUUCUUUGAAAACUGAAAUAGCAUUGUAACCUCAUCACUUUCCAUGUGUCCCAGUAAUCGUCUUUGCUGUGUUGAUAAUUUGUUAGCAGAGGAACAAAUAGUCAGAUUGACAAAUGCAAUAUUGUUUCAUCUACAAUUUCUGAGUUCUUUAGUCUCUUUCAGCCAUAUCUUCAGAAGUUUUUUGAUUUGUAGGCUUUGAAUGAUUCAUUUUCUAUAUCAUAUAUAUGAUUGCUUUGUGACAGAGGAAUUCUUUGUGACUGUUUCAAAAUAUGAGCUUUCCAUUGGCAAGGCCGAAAUUUAACAUUCAUUAAAUUUAUUCUAUUAUUUACCUGAAUCUAGUAGUGAUAAUAACAAGGCACCCUAUUGCUUCUUCAUCUUCAGCCUGGCAGCAACUCCGUGAGCAGUCAUUUUAUGAGAUAUAUGGGCAUUAAGGAUAAUGCUGUAAAUAUUUCAGCAACUGCAAUUGAAUUACAUCACAGUAUUACUGAGUAAUAAUGCAUUAUAAUGGGACAUUUUUAUUACCGUUUCACCAUGAAUGUAUUAAUGACAAAUAUUUCUGAUGACAUAAACCAGAGGAACACAGAAGUGUUGGCACAGAUGAGGAUGACAGUGAUGAAAGCGCAAGUUUCACUGUACAUUUUGUUUGCUUAUCUGACAUGUUAGUGAAUUUAAUGAGGUGUUUUAUUAAAUUGUUGUAGUGAAGGAAUCCAUUAGCAUUUAAUACAUGAAAAAUAUGUUGUAGGAAGAGGAAAGGAAAAGAGAGAAAGAAGAAGUGAAGCUCUUUUUUUUUUUUGUGUGUGUGUGUGUGUGUGUGUGUGUGUGUGUGUGUGUGUGUGUGUGUGUGUGUGUGUGUGUGUGAAAGGGGGGGGGGGGAUGCUGAAAUACAAAAGUGAACAGUUUCCAUUCUAAAUCAUUACAUUUUGUAUAAUAAUUGUACGUGUUGACAUGUCUGUUAAACUUUGGAAAAUGGUGCACAGAUAAGAGUAAAACCAUUUGUUUCAGAAAAUGGUUAAGUCUGGGUACUCUGCUGACUAUUUGAAUAUAUCUCAUUGUAUCUCAUUCCAGAAAGGUAAAGGGAACUGUUUUUCAGUCAUUAGUUCCUUUAAAAAUGAUCUUAAUAAAUAAUAGUACAAAGUAUUCUGUGGGUGUCUGAGUUGAAAAUGUAACAAAUUUGUGUGCCCUCUGAAAGUUUACAGCAAAGUUGUAUAUCAGUUAUGUUUAAUUAACUAAAUAGAAAAUCUGAAAAGAAUGAUAAAUCUCAAUAAUGUAUGAAGUAAUUGUACUACAUUUUCUUGUAGUUUUCAUUUCCACGAGAACUAGUGCAGAAGUAGGGAAAUGACGGUGAAUUGCCCACCCAGUAAAUUGUGAUGAAAUUGUAGUAUUACAGUUACCUAUUGUCUGAAUACUGCUACAGUAUACACUUUAAUGUAUAGAAUACUUAGUAUUUAGUGUUAUAUUUGACUUUGGAGUGCUACAUGUACAAUAAGUUUUAUUACUGUAGCUGCUUUUAGUGAUAAUGUAAAUAUAAGAGAUGCGGUAUGUUAGAAGAAAUGGUGCACACACAAAUGCAGCUUAUGACAAUAGUGGUAUUACAGCAUGACAGUUCUGUUUUUAUGUAGGUUUUGUACACAUACAUAUCAGAUUGGCGUCAUGAGACGAUAAGUUCCUUCUAUUCGUGUUAUCUUGCAGAUUUUUCUUUUUCCUUUGUGCAUUUUGUUUCUCUGUGUAUUUCACACAGUUCUUGAUUUGUAUUAAUACAACAAGUAUUGUGUAUGUUUUUAGAGAUUUUGUAGUGAUGCAGUAUUUUUUAGUACCUAUUUCAUUCCUGAAAGCAACUUUUAAGCAAUACACGAACAUUCAGUCUUAGAGCGAAGAUAAUGUUUAACUUUUUAAUAUAACUGUAGAUACAAAAAUGCAACAAAUGUUUUAUUUAAAAAAUAGUUUUUACAAUAUAUAAAGAACACUUACAUUAUGCUUUCUGCUAACAUAUGUGUCAGAUCAUUCUGAAAGUAUUUGCAUAAAAGUAAGGAAUGUCUGUAUUAACAUCACUGUGAGAAUACACAAAAAAUAUUAAAUUUGUGUAGUUUCCACAAAA